AUGCACUCACUGCUGGUUUUGGUCGCUCUUUCCACGCUGUUGGUGGCUAUGAGUGUCCAACAGAUAGAUCAGCAGAAUAGGCUGAACUGUGGAUUUAAACUGCUUGGAGCGAAGAUAUACGGUUGUGAAGUUGAUAUAUGGUCAUCCGCAUGUGUUUUUGGAGAAAUGUUACGCGGUGCUGCACGUUUCCCUGAAAAAAAUACUUUCAAUCAGCUUGAACUUUACAUCGAUUGCUUUGGCUUACCCACUGACAAUGACGCGGAUUCAAUGAACGCGUCGAAACGUAAAUGGAAAGAAUUGAAAUCGACAUGCUAUUCGCUCAUUUUCGAAUUUUUCCCACUUAAUCUCUAUCAAUACUUGAAAAAAUUCAACAGAAAAAUUGGCCUGGUUGAGACGAAAAUGUUCGCUUGGCAAUUGUUUCGUGGACAAUAUCAUCUAUUACGAGCAGGGAUCUGUCAUCGUGAUAUAAAACCACAAAAUUUACUUAUCGAUGAAGAAUCCGGUCUGUUAAAAAUCGGUGAUUUCGGGUCAUCGGCAGUUGAGCCAAGAAAAGCUCCACAACCGAGCUAUCAUGUGACAAGGUAUUAUCGACCACCAGAACUUCUGCUUGGAGCGAAGAUAUACGGUUGUGAAGUUGAUAUAUGGUCAUCCGCAUGUUUUUUUUUUGGAGAAAUGUUACGCGCCUGUACAAGAAAAGCUGCGUUUCGUGUUAAUAUCGACGGUGCAAUGACGACAACAACCUGUACUGCCAACGGUGCUGAUCCGAGAGACCGCUGUUCGGGAUGCUGCCAGUCUCGUGCUCUGGCUGCUGGCCUACUCACUACCGAUGCAGCCGGGUUCCCUUCAACCAAUGGAAAUGAUUGUAUUUGCUGCAUCUUCAAUAAGUGUAGUCUAAGAUAA